AUAACAAAUGAUUACACAUCAAUCAUUCUCUUCGGAGCGAAAAGAACGGACGAGGGAAACUACAAGUUGACACUUGUCUCCAGUAAAGACCGAGAAAGAACUGAAAGUAAAUUGGAGAUUUCGAUAUUGUGUAAGUACAAAGAACUUAUCAAAAACAAUGACAUAGACACACGAGGAAUAAUGUCAAUAGUCAGUAAUUUUGUCAUUUAGAUACUUAAAUAUGAAAAAUUAAAUCCCACAAAUUAAAUUGAGCAUUGAGUAAAUGCUCAAUGGUUAUUUCUACCGUCGAUCGCUCUCAAUCCCUAAAAUACCACAAAAGAAAAGGGAGAAAAAAUUCACUUGGUUUCUAUAGAGUGGUCAUAUCUCUGCUCUUCCAUUCUUGAAAAUUGGAUGAAAUGGUCGUAUAUAAUAACCAGAGGCACAAUUUCCCUUUGAAUGCACUCUCCUGAUACCGAAAUGGGUAGUGCAGCUUUGGUCUCUUCUCGAUUUUUUUCCCUAUUUAUUUCAUUACAAAUUGCACAAGACUGAUUUCAUUUUUUUGUAGUUCUUGUCCAAUACUUGCCUGUUGUGAAAUUCAUAGGCCGUCGAUUAGUGAUCAUUUGUUUGUCAAAAAAGGUUAAAUGUACGACGACAUCAACAGAGCUACAAAGUAGCAAUUGCAUACUGCAUGUUCGAAUUGUUUAUUAGCUCUAACGCCGACGUUAUUUAUCUUUCAGUUAAACCAGAAGUUACAAUUGAUGGCGAUCAGGAGCAAUAUGUGGCCAAAGGCAGCAAUAUCCGGCUGAUAUGUCGGUUUGACGCGUCGCCACCGGUGUCUGAAGUGCAAUGGAUAAAAGAUGGAACUGUGAUUGCUGGAAAUAGUUCAAAGCUGAUAAGUGAUUCAAGAGUGGCAAUUCUAUCUUUCAAUGGGAGUCAAAUACAGUUGUUAAUCACUGCAGCUUCGCGAAAGGAUGGGGGAAACUACACCUGUAGUGUCACGAAUAUUUUAAACAGCACUCGGGAGACGACACAGAUCACAAUUGAAGGUAUAUGAUAAGGAGUUAAACUAGUCAAUUAGUGGAGAUUAGUUCCUUCAGUAACGUUUAUUAAUCACUCAUUGGGGGCAAUAACAUCACUAUUUAGAUUCUGAGACUAUAAGGUUAGAAUACACUUGUACCACUCGAACCUACGAGGAUGUUUUCUCCAGUUACGCGUUCGCAACAAUUACUUUCACCUUCUACCUUUCUUGUGGAUUGUAAGAUUACCACACGAAUUUAUAAAAAGACGUUGUGUAGAUAUUGUACAAUUCCUGCACCAAAACACAAUAUCUAACCGACAGACAGCCCUCCAAAUUCGUUUUUUUUCUUAUUUUGGACAGAGUAACACGUAUGUGUAUAUUUAACAAAUAGAUUCCAAGUUGCCGUGCGUCUGUUCAGUAAUAGAUCACAGACGACGUCAAAAUGUGGUAAGAGCCAAAAAGUGGCACACGAGGCGCAGCCGAGUGUGUCAAGAAUUAAAAUAUACGGAAAAAAAGUUUUAAUGAUGACGUCAUCUAUAUAUACAUAAGUGAGAACCAAUCAGAAUGCGUGCAUAACUGAGCUUAAUAUAUAUAUAUAUAUAUAUAUAUAUAUAUAUAUAUAUAUAUAUAAGUGAAAGAAUUAAAGAGGACGCAUCGAAAAAAAAGUUCUGUCUGACGAGUGCUUAGGCGCGAGACUCAGAGUAACAGAGAAUCGAUGCGUCCUCUUUGAUUCUUUCACUUAUAUAUACUCAGCUCUGCUACCACAGCAUUGAGCACUUUAUGCCAAGGCAGACUCUACCCCCUUAUUUUUAUUUAUAUAUAUAUAUAUAUAUAGAGAUAGAUAGAUAGAUAGAUAGAUAGAUAGAUAGAUAGAUAGAUAUAGAUAUAUGUUUUAAUCAUCAGCAGUAAAUUUAACAACGACAAAGUGAGAACUGUCAGAUACAUUUGGAAUACAAUUGCUAUUACAUAAACACGAGAUAAUUUUUUUCCUUUUUUUAAUCAAGCUUGCAUAAAUUCUGUAUUUAUCCACAGAUAAACCUGAGAUCAUAACUCAUCCUCACAGUAUCACAACAGGAGAAGGU